AAGCUGCUUGGUAUAACUCAACUGUCAAUAAAUAUCUCACGAGCAACCAACAUAUGUUUCACAUCACACCAAAAAUCAUUAUGAACAUUCAAAUAUAUAUUGCUGCACUUUUGUUAAAGUGAGAAGAAGAAGCAAGUCAGGCAUGGCGAAUGCUUUACCUCCGAAAGGAAUCCUCCAGAGCCAAGCUCUACAGAAGUAUAUCUAUGAAACAAGUGCAUAUCCAAGAGAGCACGAGGAACUCAAGAAUUUACGAAAAGCUACUGAGAACAAAUAUGGAAAGAGGAGCAAAAUUUCAAUACCAGCUGAUGAAGGGCAAUUCCUAUCAAUGCUUGUUAAGAUUAUGAACGCCAAAAGGACGAUGGAGAUCGGUGUUUUUACUGGCUAUUCUCUUCUUUCAACUGCACUUGCCUUGCCUCAUGAUGGCCGGAUAACAGCUAUUAACAUUGCAUAAAGAAGCUAUGAAGGUGUAACCAUCUACCGCAAGGCAGGCGUCGAGCAUCAAUAAUAAAUUUCCAUUCAGUCUGAUGCUUAUUUCAAUAUAACCGAAAUGUUAAGUAAUGAAAAGGAGAGAGAAGAAUUUGACAUUGCAUUUGUCGAUGCUGAUAAGCACAAUUACAAAAAUUACCAUGAGCCAUUGUUGAAAUUAGUUAAGGUUGGAGGAAUAAUUGCUUACGAUAACACCUUGUGGUUUGGAUUCGUAGCUCAAGAAGAAAAUGAAGUUCCAGAGCCUUUCAGGCCCCUGACAAAGGCUACACAGGAACUCAAUGAGUACCUGUCUCGGUCUCGGGAUCAACGUGUAGAGAUCUCGCAAGUUUCUAUUGGCGACGGUGUUACUCUCUGUAGGCGUCUCUAUUGAGAAUGUUUCUACCAUAGUUACAUGGCGUAUAUAUAGAGUUUGUCUCUGUUGCAGCUGUAGAACAUGAUAGAUGGUGUUUUAUUGAGAAUGUAACGAUUAGAUUGAAUACAGAUUCAAAAUGACUCAAUGAGUUAAAUAAAUUCUUCAAAAAUUCAGCAAAAUUAAUUUAAAA